AUGGUUCUCGCCGCUCGUUGCGGACAGGCGACGUCCGCCCUCUUGCGUCAGCGCUGUGCGGCUGAAUCUCGUCGGGCCGCUCUUCCAGCUCUGCGCUCGUUCUCCUCCCAGACGACCGCCCGUUCGACGGCAUCAGCUCUGCGAUUGCAGCAGAAGAACCUGUCGCCAUGGCGAUCGCAGCAAUUGCGCUCGUUUUCUAACGCCCUCCGCCAAUUGGCCUCGGAAUCCGCUCCCGCCGCGGAGAGUUAUAUCAACAGUGGGAUUUUUAAGCCCGGCGGCAGUCUCGUGGAUGUGAAGAAGGUCUUGGUCAUUGGUAGUGGUGGUCUGAGUAUUGGACAGGCCGGAGAAUUUGAUUAUUCCGGCUCUCAGGCUUUGAAGGCUCUCAAGGAGGCUGGCGUUCAAUCGGUCUUGAUUAACCCGAACAUUGCAACCAUUCAGACGGACCACAAGCUUGCAGACGAAGUGUACUACCUCCCAGUCACGCCGGAAUAUGUGACCUAUGUCAUUGAGCGGGAAAGGCCCGACGGUAUCUUUCUUUCAUUCGGUGGACAGACUGCCUUGAACUUGGGUGUGCAGAUGAACCGCAUGGGUACUUUUGACCAGUAUGGUGUCAAGGUUCUCGGCACCAGCAUCAAGACCUUGGAGACUAGCGAAGACCGCGAUCUGUUCUCCAAGGCCUUGAAUGAGAUUAACAUCCCGAUUGCUGAAUCCAUUGCUGUUAGCACCGUUGAUGAGGCUUUGCAGGCUGCCGAGACAGUGGGUUACCCCAUUAUCGUCCGUUCCGCAUAUGCGCUUGGUGGGUUGGGCUCCGGAUUCGCCAAUAACCCCGAGGAACUGAAGAACCUGGUAUCUCGGUCCUUGACUCUUUCUCCCCAAGUUCUGGUUGAGAAGUCCCUCAAGGGCUGGAAGGAGGUCGAGUAUGAGGUGGUUCGGGAUGCUAACAACAACUGUAUCACUGUGUGCAACAUGGAGAAUUUUGAUCCCCUUGGUAUUCACACGGGCGACAGUAUCGUUGUUGCUCCUAGUCAGACCUUAUCCGACGAGGAGUACCACAUGCUCCGCACGGCUGCAAUUAAGAUUGUCCGUCAUCUGGGUGUCGUCGGUGAAUGUAAUGUGCAGUAUGCCUUGCAGCCCGAUGGUCUCGACUACCGUGUUAUUGAAGUUAACGCCCGUCUCUCUCGUUCUUCGGCUCUAGCCUCUAAGGCUACUGGAUACCCUCUUGCCUACACUGCUGCAAAGAUUGGUCUUGGCCAUUCCCUCCCCGAGCUUCCCAACGCUGUGACCAAGACCACUACUGCAAACUUCGAGCCAAGCUUAGACUACAUUGUCACCAAGAUCCCCCGGUGGGAUCUGAGCAAGUUCCAGCAUGUUAACAGGGAUAUCGGAAGCUCCAUGAAAUCGGUUGGUGAAGUCAUGGCCAUUGGCCGUACCUUUGAAGAGUCGUUCCAGAAGGCUAUCCGCCAGGUCGAUCCCCGAUUCCUGGGUUUCCAAGGUGAUACGUUCGAGAACCUGGAUGAGGUUUUGAAGAACCCUACCGACCGCCGUUGGUUGGCUGUCGGUCAGGCCAUGCUCCACGAGAACUACUCCGUGGAUAAGGUUCAUGAACUGACCAAGAUUGACAAGUGGUUCCUCUACAAGCUCCAGAACAUCGUGGAGUGCCAUCAUGAACUCAAGGAUAUCGGCAGCCUCUUCGGUGUUCAGGAAGAAACUAUGUUGAAGGCGAAGAAACUCGGCUUCUCCGACAAACAGAUUGCUCUCCUUGUUGGCUCGACCGAGGACGAUGUGCGCGCCCGCAGGAAGAGCUUCGGAAUCAUGCCUUGGGUGAAGAAGAUCGACACGCUUGCCGCUGAGUUCCCUGCCGACACCAACUACUUGUACACCACCUACAAUGCUACCUCCCACGAUGUCACUUUUGACGACCAUGGCACGAUCAUUCUGGGAAGCGGUGUGUACCGUAUUGGAAGUUCGGUUGAGUUUGAUUGGUGUGCCGUCAAUGCCACCCUUUCCCUGCGCAACAUGGGCAAGAAGACCGUCAUGAUCAACUACAACCCCGAGACUUACUCCACCGACUUCGACACUGCUGACAAGCUGUACUUCGAAGAGCUCAGCUACGAGCGUGUCAUGGACAUUUAUGAGCUUGAGAGUGCUAGCGGUGUCGUUGUUUCUGUCGGUGGCCAGCUGCCCCAGAACAUCGCACUUCGUCUGCAGGAGACUGGCGGUGCCCAUGUGCUCGGUACGGACCCCAAGGAUAUCGACAAAGCUGAGGACCGUCACAAAUUCUCUCAGAUUUUGGACAGCAUUGGAGUUGACCAGCCUGCCUGGAAGGAGCUUACCUCCGUCGCUGAAGCGGAGCGUUUCGCCGAAUCCGUUGGAUAUCCUGUCUUGGUUCGUCCCAGCUACGUCCUGUCUGGUGCAGCCAUGAGUGUGAUUUAUAACCGUGAUGAGCUCAAGGAGAAGCUCCUCAAUGCUAGCGCUGUGUCUCCUGACCACCCUGUCGUCAUCACCAAGUUCAUCGAAGGAGCUCAGGAGAUUGACAUUGACGCCGUUGCUUCGAACGGUAAGCUUCUGCUGCAUGCCGUUAGUGAGCAUGUUGAGCCUGCGGGAGUGCACUCUGGAGAUGCUACCCUGGUUCUUCCCCCGGCUUCUCUCGAACAGCCGAUUAUGGACCGCGUAAAGGUCAUUGCCGAGAAGGUCGCAAAGGCCUGGAACAUCACCGGUCCUUUCAACAUGCAGAUCAUCAAGGCCGACCAGGAAGGUGCUGAGCCUGAGCUGAAGGUUAUUGAGUGCAAUCUUCGUGCUUCGCGCUCCUUCCCAUUUGUUAGCAAGGUUCUGGGUACCAACUUUAUCGAUGUUGCCACCAAGGCUGUUGUUGGACGCGACGUUCCUGAGCCUGUGGAUCUCAUGAGCGCCAAGCGUGAUUAUCUCGCGACCAAGGUGCCUCAGUUCAGCUGGACCCGUCUGGCCGGUGCCGACCCAUUCCUCGGGGUAGAAAUGGCCAGCACUGGUGAAAUUGCUUGCUUCGGUAAGGACCUUGUUGAGGCCUACUGGGCUUCCCUGCAGUCUACCAUGAACUUCCGUGUGCCGGAGCCCGGUGAGGGUAUUCUGCUUGGUGGCGAUAUCAACAACACUGCUUUGGCUAAAAUUGUCGACUACCUCCACCCUCUGGGCUUCAAGUUCUUCGCUGCCAACCCUGAGGUCAAGGCCCACCUCGAGGCCACUUCCAAGGACAAUGUCCCUGUGAAGGUGAUCGAAUUCCCCAAGAAUGACAAACGGGCUCUCCGUGAAGUGUUCCAGAAGUAUGACAUUCGAGGCGCGUUCAACCUUGCCAAGACCCGGGGCAAGACUCUGCUCGAUGAGGACUACGUCAUGCGACGAAAUGCUGUCGACUUCGGUGUGCCCCUUUUCAUGGAAACUAAGACCGCCCUUCUCUUCGCUCAGGCCAUGAGCGAGAAGUUGCCCCGUGCUGAGGGCAUCCCCUCUGAAGUCCGCAGCUGGUCUGACUUCGCCGGUGGCAAACUGCUGUAA